AUGUGCCGCGCUGCUUUCUGGGCCUGCAGCUCCGUCUCCUCAGGCACUGCGGCAGCCGAUCGCACACCUCCGCAGCAGUGCGCAGCCAAAUCCUCGAGGCCGAGGGCAUCACAGGACUGGAUGCUGCACGACAUUCUUGUCACACCCCUCUACGUGUGCGUGAAUCCCGCGGCUGUCGUGCCGCUCAACACAAGCGCCGAUCUUCUCCUGCUGCGCAGGGUUGCAAGCGGUGGUGUGCCGGUCGAUGCUGCGGAGGUGACGGCUGCAUCGUCAGCUGCGCUGGACGUCCUGCUUCGUGAGUCACCGACGUGUGGCGCACUUGUCUACGGUCUGCUGUUGCAGCAGCGACAGUGGACGGUGCACAACACUGUAGCCCCGCCGCUUUCCAUCCUGGACAGCAGCGCCUGCAUCGUUGCAGAGGGGGGCGACUUUACCCCAUACGAGGAGGCACUAGCUGCAGACGUGUACGUGUCGGCGGUGCCUUCUCUGCCAGCGGCGUCACCGUCGACACGCCCCCCAAGGACUCGCUCGCCAACUGAGACGACGCAGUUGGCGACAUCGCCGUCUGCGUCACCCGAGGAAGAGGGAGACGACGUAUUGGACCACAGCUUCGGGGCAUGGGCUGCGAAGCUGUCGCAACAACUCCUGCGCCGAUGGGCGUGCCUGCCGUCGCAGACUGUUCUUUGCUGUGGGGAGCGGCAGGCGACGCUGCGGCAUCGCAGAGGACUCGUGCUCCGUCACGCCGCUGAUGUGCGGGGUGGCACCACGCCCGCUUCUGCGACUCAAAGUGACUCAUAUGUGCGGAGACUCAGGGCAGCACUCUAUCUUCUUGACGCACUGCGGCCCGUUGGCAGCGUGCCGGGGAGAUAUGCCUGUGAGCGCGGUGAAACAAACUCGAGCGUUGUGGUUGACGCGUUGGAUGUGGUUCUCGAAGAGUGCGAGGACGAUGACAGGCGCUGCGAGCCACUAGAGCUGCAGCGCUGCUAUCGCCUUCUGCGGGGGCGUGUGCGGCGUGUGGCCGCGUUUGCCCCCGUUGCGGCGCUUGGUUGGUCAGCCGACGGAUCUCGCCUCACACCAGAGCCAGACUACCUGCAACUCCCGUGGUGCGCAGCACACUCGACAGCGUUGGCUCUGACUGCUGCGCAGGCGUAUGCAACACCUUCCUCUAUGCCUUCGUAUGCUCACGUGUCUUUGUCAGGGCUUGACGCCUGCAUGGACACUCUCCAGUUCACAGCCGAGCAGCAGACAUGCCUGCAUGAGCUCGCCUACAGUGUGCUAUAUCUUGCCUCUCUGACGUUCACAUCACAGAGGGGGCCCAGCGGGGGCCCUGCAGCGGUCUCCGCCAAGUCACUGCCGGCGCUGAGCGCUGCCGCCCAGCUUCUGCGCCUGCCAGCGAGUGAGCUUGUCGCCGCCUUGACGACAGUGGCGGCACGCGAUGGUGUCCAGUCCACGUCAGCGGCAACGCGGCAUGCCUUAAACUGCGCCGGCGCGAUGCAGAUGCAGCGCACUCUAGUGACGCACCUCGGCGGGCUGGUGGUGCGCACGCUGAUGCAUCUCAUCAACGCAGCCCUUCACGUCGAUGGCCGCGUCGCUACGGAGGCGCGCACCCUCACACUUGCUGCCGUCGCCGAUACCGAAGAUACGGCGGCACAGGAGCAACAUACUCACAUGCCCGGCGCACAUGAGGAGCGUCACGAAGGGUCUGGAGGCGGCCUUACGAAGUGGUACGCCGCGUACGUGCGCUGCCACGCCGCCUUGACUGUGCGCGAUCGGCUCGUCUGCGCCCUGCAACGCGAGGCGUGCUACGAAGGAGUGGAGCUGGAGGUGGACAGCUGGCUUGAUGAGCUCUCCGCCGCAUCGACUGCUUCCACCGCCACAGCACUUCGGCUGGGCAGAGUAGCUGCAGAGGUGCGCGAGGUUGCGACGCGGGUCAUGAUGCCAUCGGCGAAGCAGCGAGGGAAAGGUACCGUCCUCACCACUCACACCGCUGCCGGUGCUUACGACUUCGUUGACACCACAUGUGAUAUCCCUGUGGUAGCGGAGCUGGCGCACAUUCUGGAGGCAGUAACGUCGAGGUGUAUCGGCGCCGAUGUCUCCGCGGAGCCGCCCUUGUCUUCCCCAGAAGCGGUGCAGCGUCUACUCACGGAGCAGCUUCAGGCGCUGGUGGCAUCGAUGCGUCAGGCAACAGCCAGCGAAGAGGUCGACAACGCCAAGCGGGUAGCAGAAGAGGUGGUGUGCACGUGGGAGGGCACGGCGUCUGCCGACAGCAGCGCGUGUGAUGGGGCUCUUGUGCUCACCUUCCCGCGUGGUCUGCACCCCCCUCUUCGACUCUCUGUGCGCUGCCUUGCUGCCGACAUCUUUGCCGCUGCACGCCUCUGCUUGACGGGUACGACGCCAGCGAUGCAGCAGAUCAUAGGUGGCGUGAGCAAACGGUGCGUGUCUUGGACCUCCGCCGGCAUCUCACCCAAAGGCGGGGAGAGGGGCGAAGCACAGAUGGUGCAGAGCCCACUGUAUCAUGUUUAUCGCGGCCGUGGGGGAGAGGAGGAUAUGAGUGCUUCACCUAAGCUGACUCCGUGCUCUGCCCACGCAGCCGUGCAGUCCAUACUCGCACGUCGUCACCAAAGCCACAGUUCCAUGGCUAACAUAGCGAUGGAUGUCGGUCAUCGUGGCGGCCACGCCGCCCCUCUGGCGUCCGACUUCUGGUAUGUCAUCCUCGCCGUUCCUGUCCUAGCGGAGACUGCGAGCUGGGGGCCUUUGCGGGAUGCCGGCGACUUGGACCAGCACCAGUGGAGCUCCGCAGGCGCCUACCCUUUCCUCGAGCCGGUGCUUCCCCACGACGCGCCAGUGUCCCCCGCACCUGCGCCAAGGGUGGCGCUGACGCGCGACGACGCCCUGACGACACAUCUGCAUGAGCGCGAUCCGCUGCUACUCGCCUUGUUCUUCUGGUCUCGCCUCUGCCACUGCCACAUCUGCCCGGUGCCUGUGUUUGCAAAGGUGUGCGCGGUGCCGCUGUUAACGUCGUAUGCGCAGUGGCGGCCGUCUAAAAGAGCGUCACCACACAAUACGGCGGCCACUAGCUGGGCAGCCGUGGAGGGCCGAGAGGAUUUUCUGAGCGAGAGCACUGCGCGCGCGGUAACCGACGCCUCCUCCAGCGCUCCUUUACGCACACCACGGUUGCGCAUGCGUGCCAUGGCGCCUGACGACGCGGCCGCCGAGUUUCUGAACCGAGUGCGUUAUCUGCAACAUCAGGCACGGUACCGCGAGCUGUGCUUACUGGCGCUCGCAGAGGUACCCUGCUGCAGCGAUGGCGGUGUAGUGCUUGGGGUCAGUGCCGUUUUUCUGAGAUCUGCCGCCGUAGCGGCGAUACGGUCGUGUUGCACGGAGCUGCGCGAGACGGCCGUGCGGUGCCUUCAAGAGACCGGUCGCGGCUUCCUUGCCCGCCGCCGCCUUUGCUUUGCGCACGAGCAGCAGCGGCAGCAACGCCAACAGGAACAUCGCCGAUCACUGCGUUUGGCCAACAGCUGCCUCGGGAACGCGGCGGUGCCGGCGUCGGCGGAGAUGCGGGAGCGCGAGGCUCUUGAGCAUGCGAGAGACGCACAGCUGACGCAGGCAGCCCACGAGCGGACGCAUGCCCUCACUUGCUCUACGCGGCACCUUAGCCACAAUGUUAGUCAGCUGCAGCAGGGAUGGACGGAGACACUGGAACUGCUGGAGGGCGAGCUGGUGGGCGCCGUGGUGCAGAUAAACGCAUAUGAGACGCAGAGGCGUUCCGCCGAGGACGCGGCGCGGCAGGAGGCGCGUCUGACGUUGCGCGUCCACGAGGAGGCGUGGAGCGAAGUCUGGGCGGGUGCAAAGGAGCUUCGAACGCGUCGGCAGGCGGCCCUGGCAGAGCGGCGGCGGCGGCGUCGCCCAUCUCCUCUUGCACGGAGUGCAAGUCAGGGCCCGGUGGCGAUCGAGGAAGGGAUUCGACGAGCAACCGCCGCUGCCCAUCACACGUCGCAGCUGAGGCGCGAGGCAGUACAGUCAGCAGAGGCGGCGCUGCUGUCACAGUUGAUAAGAGCGAGCCGUCGUGAGGAUGCGCAGUCGCUCGCUGAUCACGUGCGGCGGCAGGAGGCGCGUGCGACGCGCCUGGCGGACAGCCGCCGGCAGGACAAAAGCGGCGUAGUCGCGUCUGAGGAGGCGCAGCGACAUGAAGGACAGCGCGAGAGCGAAAUCACUGCAACGCUGCCACAGCACGUGGAGUCGCCGACAGACUUUUCGAGACGGCAGUACAGCAACCCUGAGGGACUGGUGCUUGCCCGUCCGUGUCGCUCGUCAGAUCAGCGAAGCACAGGCGUUACUCUUACUCGCCCUCUCGGUGAGGGUCGUACUCGAUCCAUAUCUGUAUCGCGUAGCGAGCGUGGCGGGGUCGGGCGCACACCCAUCGCGUCGAUCGAGCGCACAACGACAGCAACGGCGGAUUCGUCCGAGUGGGCGGUGCAGCGGGACCUGAUGUCGCUGUGGGAGUCGUCUCGCAUGUCUGUUUGA